AAUAAGUCAUCAGUUUAGUUUCAAAUAUGUUUUAAACAGAAUGAGUAACACCAGUAAAGGAUUUUUAAACCUCUUCAAACAAUCCCCAAGUAGAGACUCAAAUGAGGGCAACAGACACGUAAGAAGAAGCCGAACUUCCGUUGAAAUGGAUUCCUUUCGGUUUAUGCAGCAAGACCAAGCCGAACGUCGUAGGGAACUAGAGCGAGAGGUCAAGGAGAUGGAGAAGGAGAAGGAGAAGAAGGAGCUGAAGAAGGAGAAGAGCGAAGAAAGAGCCAAGCUCCAGCAGAAGAAAGACCCAAGCCAAGAACGGCUGGAAAGACAAGCGGCACGCCUAAAGGAACGCGAGCGUCGAAAGCAACAACGAAAAAAGCUUGAAGAGUCGAGGAAUUCCCAGGGGCAAUCGGAGCUGGACUCGGCAAUAACUCUGACCUACCCGGAAAAGCCCAGCGAAACUACCGUCAUGGUCAUGGAAUCCGUCGAUGACUUCAAGCGGGACAUUGAUAAUCUGGAGCUUCAGACUGAUAACCUGGACUUGCGCUCCAAAAUGAUGGCCACCAUGUGGAUAAGUCGACUGCGGACACCGACCCAAAAUGAAGAGGAGAUCAGGGCAAGAAAUAUCAUAGCAGCUCAUCUGCUCAAGUGCCACAAGGAGAAUAUGUUCCAAAAAGAGCCAUUCAAUCAGCCACCUUCUUCAGAUACUUUGGCCAAUAUAACGAAGAAAAUUUUGCUUACUCGCGAAACUCCUUGCCAAGACCUGGCCCUGGGAAAAAGAACAGAAACCAAGUCCCAUUUAAACAAAUUAUUUCAUGAUUCUUAUGAUGGUGGGAAAUUUCUGAGCCAACUUCCUGUGCCACGAGAUGGAGCCUUCUUUAUCCUGCAUUUGCGUCCAAAUUUAUAAAUUUGACAAGACAAAAUUCAAAAGUUUACUGCUAAAAAUUGUAUUUUCAUAGAGUUGAAAAUCGGUAAUUCUUAACAUUUUGACAUUUUGUAAAUUCUAAAAAAUUAUUCAUUAUUUCUACAACUUAUUCUACAAGAAAAGAGACUAUUUGGAUAUAAAAA